GACAGCACCAUGACUAUAUGAAAUUUUGUUUUAAACAGAACAGCGAACCAAACGCAUAUUUUACUAAUUCUAAAAAAGUUGGAAAUUUUUGUUUAUUAAGAAGCCUAAUACUAAAAUUACAAUGUCUCGCGGAAGUUCAGCCGGCUUUGAUAGGCACAUUACGAUUUUCUCGCCAGAAGGGCGACUCUAUCAAGUGGAAUAUGCGUUUAAGGCUAUAAGCCAGGAGAACAUCACUUCGGUGGCAUUAAAAAGCGGCGACUGUGCCGUUAUUGCCACCCAAAAGAAAGUGACUGAGAAGCUCAUUGUCCCGGAGACAGUAACUCAUUUAUUUGGGAUCACCAAGGAAAUCGGAUGCGUCAUGACUGGUCGUAUUGCUGACGCUCGCUCGCAGGUGCAAAAGGCGCGUUACGAAGCAUCGAAUUUCCUGUAUAAAUAUGGCUAUCCAAUUCCAGUCGAGAUUCUCUGUCGUCGCAUGGCGGAUAUUAAUCAAGUUUAUACUCAAAACGCUGAAAUGCGCCCGCUUGGCUGCAGCAUGAUGCUCAUUGCCUACGACGACGAGAACGGACCCGGCGUGUACAAAACCGAUCCAGCUGGCUACUAUUGCGGCUUUCGCGCCUGUUCCGUUGGUGCAAAGACACUGGAAGCCACCAGCUAUUUGGAAAAGAAAUACAAAAAUAAUCUAUCUGAGGAGAAAGCCAUUCAACUGGCAAUUACUUGCCUCUCUAAUGUGCUGGCCGUGGACUUCAAGACCAACAGCAUUGAGAUUGGCGUUGUGAGCAAGGAUUGUCCAGCGUUCCGCAUUUUGGAUGAAAAGGAGAUCGAGGAACAUCUCAACAAGAUUGCCGAAAAGGACUAACGCUUGAUCAACGAUCAUAGAUGUAGCUACUAUUACUUUAUGAACAUUUAAACAUGAUAAAAGGUUGGAAAAUAAAACAGCGAUUCGCUAUCAAUUGUAAACAAUG